AUAUAUAUCCAUCACUACGGAAGCAGUCUGCUCCAGGUCGACUUCAUACAUGAGUCCAUGGACCCUUGCAAGGCUUGCAAUGCAGCAAGUCCGUUGAUUGCGAUCGUCCACCGAGAUGGACUUCCCAAAUGCUGCAUACGAGCAACAGUUUGCCGGUGAUGAGCCUGAGCUUGGCAUGAGCCAGGCUGUCGACGGACUUACCCCCGAACAGAUCAUGGCGAAUCUUCUCACCAGAGAGGCAAACGCGUCCAGCCAGUUCCCAGCCGCGACUUCUCCUGAAGCUCACUUCCAGCCACAAUCUGGGCCAGUCCUGGGUGGCGCUUCUCGCAAUAUGAGAUCUGUGCAGCAAAAGACUGAUUCGGUCCCUCCAUUCCAGCAAGUCGGAACUACUGCCCUCAUUGGGAAACACUCCGCUGGCGAUAUAACGUCGGCAAAUGAGGAUACCGAGCGUAUCCGGAAGAGACUCGCAAGUGAAGGAAAUGCUUCUGUGAUGGAUCUUCUGAAGGAAGCUCUUCAUGAGCUCGGUACCAAGCGCGCACCAAUCAUCGGCAUUGAGGGCGCAUACGAGUUGGUCUCUAGGACAAAGGGUUUGGAUACAUUUCAGGUGGCCAGAAUCACAUUUGAGAUACCAUUGGUGGACCGACCGAAUAAUCCAGAGGCAUCUGUUCUCAAGAAAGUGGACAAGUUGCAACAGAAAAUCACGACUGGCUUACAAGAGAAGUUGCCGUCGGAGGUAAGCAUUCAGAGAAUCGAAUGGUCCGCGGGCAGAAAUGUCUAGCGCUUGGCAGACAUACCGAACAGAAGCAGAUGUUUGAACAUCGAUUUGAGAUUGUCUAGGGCUAUGUAGCAUUAUCAAUGAAACUCCAUAAUGUCCCGGUAGCAAUACAAGCCAUUCAUAAGCUCAGCAUAAAAAGUCAUCAAUCUCAUGUCGCAAAAGUUCCCAAAUCCGCAACGCUUCCCUAGGCCUGUAAAUGCAUGGUAUCGUCAAGAUAUAAUGAGAGAUGGCGCUCAACCAAGCUUUUCAAGCACUUUACAAAGCAACCAUAGCGGCGAAGAUGGCCGCGGCGACAGCACCGCAAGCACC